AUGCCUCAUCUCUUGACAACAGUCGUUGUUGUGGUUGUUGAUAUGUCGAAUCUUGAAGAUCGUAUCGCAGCUCGUCGGAAGCACUACAAGAAGACUGGUGAUACUGACGACACUCGACGUCGAAGAGAGGAUGAGGCUGUGCAGAUUAGGAAGGCUGAGAAGGAGAAGCAGUUAGCUCAACGGAGGAGGAUGAGCAUCGGUGAUGCUUCUGCUGCUGGUGGUGGUGGGACCGUGCCUGUACCCAACCUCCAAGAACUGGGUGAAGCAGUAGCUGGGUGCAACUCUCCUGAUCCUGUAGUGCAGUUUAAAGCCACUCAGUAUGUGAGGAAACUAUUAUCUAUAGAGAAGAAUCCGCCAAUAGAAUAUGUGAUAGAGGCGGGUCUCAUCCCUCGUAUGGUGGAUUUCCUCAGGGAUAUCAACCGUCCAGAUUUGCAAUUUGAGGCGGCUUGGGUGCUCACCAAUAUAGCGAGUGGUACUCGAGCUCAAACUGAGGCUGUUGUGGCUGCAGGUACUAUACCUGUAUUUAUCGCAUUACUAGCAUCGCCCAGUUUGGAUGUUAAAGAGCAGGCAGUGUGGGCCUUGGGCAACAUAGCUGGUGACUCACCACCUCUACGUGAUACGGUCCUCCAAGCUGGAGUUAUGCAGCCUCUUCUGGCUCUACUCCGGGAGAAUGAUAAGUUGUCUUUGUUACGUAAUGCUACCUGGGCGUUAUCUAAUCUAUGUCGUGGAAAGCCCCAACCACCUAUUGAGAUGAUCGUCCCUGCCUUGCCAACUCUCAGUAACCUUCUAUACAGUCAUGAUGUUGAAGUAUUGACCGAUGCAUGUUGGGCUCUAUCAUACAUAUCGGAUGGCCCUAAUGAGCGUAUCGAGGCUGUUAUUGAGCACGGUGUAUGUCGCAGACUGGUAGAGCUGCUCAAUCAUGAUAGUUCUCUUGUCCAGACACCAGCUCUUCGCACUGUUGGCAAUAUCGUUACUGGGGAUGAUAGGCAGACUCAGGUUAUCAUACAGUGUGGUGCUGCUGAGAGACUUUAUCAGCUUCUAUACAGUCCUAAGAAGAACAUCCGUAAGGAGGCCUGCUGGACAAUAUCAAACAUAACGGCUGGUAAUCGAGAACAGAUCCAAGAGAUCAUUAAUGCGGGGGUAGUAGUUAAGAUAGUGGAGCUAAUGGCUACUGCUGAGUUUGAUAUCAAAAAGGAGGCAGCAUGGGCACUAUCGAAUGCUACAACAGGGGGGACACCAGAGCAGGUGGAUCAUUUCGUCCAAGCUGGAUGUAUCAAACCUCUGUGUGCUUUACUCGAUGUGAAUGAUACCCGUAUAGUGGGUGUAUGCUUAGAGGCUCUAGAGAAUAUACUUAGGGUCGGUAUGCAAGCGAUGGAGACAAAUCCAAAUCUUACUGAAAACCCGUAUUUGCAACUGGUCGAAGAAGCUGAUGGUUUAACAAAGAUUGAAAACCUCCAGUCUGAUAGCAGUGAUGAGAUAUACCUAAAGGCUGUACGUAUUCUUGAGAACUACUUCCCAUUGGAGGGAGAGGAUGAUGAUGAUGUAGAGGAGAUGGAAGCAUCAGGCAGCGACUCGGCAACUGCUGCACCAGGCUUCAACUUCCAGCCAGCUACUGGCACAGCGGCUCCUCCUGGAGGCUUCCAGUUCGGAAGAAAUAACUAGCGAGUUACACAGAUGCCGGUUGAGAAGUUAUCCUCAAGCUGCUGUAGCAUAACCACUAAUACUGCCACUGUCGUCCCAGUGCGAUCAUCACGAUAAGCACCGCUACUAAUUAUCAUCAGUUGACUUGAAUAUACACGUAUUUACAUAGAAAUGCUCAUCAUCACGUCAAUAGUGAAUUUAGAAUUUGGAAUAUAAUCACAGCACUAUUACCGUCGUCUUCUAUCCUGCAUCAUCUAUAACUCCCCUUAGUCACCUUUACUGUUCUUCACUAAACCGCAAUACUCAUUAAAUCGUCGUUAAGGAACUAUCCAAUACGCCAUUAUCGUUAUCAUUGUUCUCGUCGUCUCUGGAAUUUAUGUGCUAUACUUGUACUCCUGCUAUUGCUACAUCUGUCUGAACGCACUCACUGUCGUUGGUGGGACAAGAUCGUUAGAGAUGUGGUCGGUUGAUGGUAAUGUCAUCUGCUUGUACCUACUCGCACUGGAAGCAGUGGAGUAGGAAUAGGAGG